UAUGAAAUGUGAAAAUUGAACUGAGUCUCCCAUCUGAGAUUCCGAUCUUCCUGAUCUGCACAUACCCUUCUCACUGAACCCAUGAGACAUUCAGCUUCACUAAUCUAGCAUACCCACAAACUCAAUUCACGUUCGGAGGUAAAAAAAACUCUCUCUUUCUCUGUCGAUUUUCCUGUAGUAGUGGUCUGUGCGCGUUUGAAGAACCGAGAUAUGCAGAAUUAUUACAUUAAUUCAACUAUUUCUCUUAAGUGGAAAGAUCCCCUUUCAUUUUCAUUAACCGACUAUGAUUGCAUAUUGUAUCAUAGAUAUGAUAGAUGUCUUCCUUUUCCAUCUUCAUUGCCAUCGUUCUGUGCUUGUUGUGCAAAUUCACUGUACCAUAGAUUGCCUGCAAACCCUUACUUCUAUCAUGGGUUGAGUCGCUCCACUUUAAUUCACUGUUCAGCUACUAGAAAACUGACCUUGGGCGUAGGAAACCGAUCCUAUUCGUCUCCUGCUUCGAAUAUUACAGAGAGCUGUUGCUGUGGUCAUAAAUGCCAAUGCCCUCUUAAGGAGAGAAAUCUUAGUGUUAAGGCAGGGGGAGGAGGAGGAGGAGAAAGAAGAUUUAGGAACAUGGUCUCGUUGGCCAAAGAAGAAAGUAGACGUUCUUAUGAUACUGAGGUUAUUCUCAGUUUGCUGACAGAGGAAGAAAGUGGUGAUGAGUUUUAUGGGUCCAGAGAAAGAAACAGAAAUAGAUCUUCUAAAGUUGUAGCGGAGAAGAUUAAGAGAAGAAAGGAUGUUGUGGGCUCGUAUAGAGGGAAAGUGGAAAACGUUGGUCAGAAUUUUCUGGGGAGUAAAUCAAAAGGUGAGCUUGAAUCUAUUAGGAUUCGGAAGAAGGAGGAGGGCUGCAAGCUUAAAGAAGAUAUCAAAAGAAACGAAGAUGAAUAUCAUUCUCAUUCUAAAGGACAUCAAAAUAGGAGAGAAGGGUCAGUCUGUUCAUCUUAUUACUCGUGUUCUUCUUUAGAUGAAUUUGGAAGUGACAAUGAAGAUCAAAAGAGCGAAGAUGCUUAUGAUGGGGAACCACUGAAUAAGAUGAGUACAGAAUCAUAUGAACCAGUCAGUUAUAAUGCAGAGACAAUGCAGAAUAAAGAGGGACAAAGGGGCGAGUUUAUCAGAAAUGGGAAAGCUGUAGAGUCCUCCUAUGCCAAUGAGUCUGAUUGGAGAAAGAAAUCAGAAAAGAAAUUUGAUGAUGUUUCGAUCGAACAGAAUGAGACAAAGGAAAGUUGCUACAGAAAGGCUUCUAAUUCUCACAAGAAAUCUCUUGAUAAAGAACAUAAUCUAAACCUGGGCAUCCAUGCUGAAGAGCAAAGAAAGCAAUAUAGUUGGGAAGAUAGCCAAAUUACUGGAUUAAAGGAAUCAAGAACUAACCAUCAACAUUUUAGUGAGAUGGAACAUUUUAGUGAGAUGGAAGAGAACCGCAUAAUGGAUUCUGAAAAUACUACUUAUAUCUCAGGAAAGCGGUUCAGUAGCAGGGAAGACAGUUUGGGUCAGCAGACAAAACAAGAAUCAUAUAGCAGAAAAGGGGACAACAAAAGGAUAUCUCAUCAAUCAAAACAAGUAUCAGAAAUUCAAGAAAUCAAAGGAGGAACUUCCACCUCAGAAAAAAGAUCUGAAGCUGCAUCGAGAAUUCAAGGAGGUGAACUGGCUGCCAGUUCUAUACGGGAGACAAAACAAGAAUCAUAUAGCAGAAAAGGGGACAACAGAAGGACCUCUCAUCAAUCCAAACUAGUAUCAGAAAUACAAGAAAUCAAAGGAGGAACUUCCACCUCAGAAAAAAUGUCUGAAGCUACAUCGAGAAUUCAAGGAGGUGAACUGGCUGUCAGUUCUAUACAGGAGACAAAACAAGAAUUGUAUAGCAGAAAAGGGGACAACAGAAGGACCUCUCAACAAUCCAAACUAGUAUCAGAAAUACAAGAAAUCAAAGGAGGAACUUCCACCUCAGAAAAAAUGUCUGAAGCUACAUCGAGAAUUCAAGGAGGUGAACUGGCUGCCAGUUCUAUACAGGCGACAAAACAAGAAUCGUAUAGCAGAAAAGAGGACAACAGAAGGACCUCUCAUCAAUCCAAACUAGUAUCAGAAAUUCAAGAAAUCAAAGGAGGUGAACUGGCUGCCAGUUUUACACAGGAGACAAAACAAGAAUCAUAUAGCAGAAAAGGGGACAACAGAAGGACCUCUCAUCAAUCCAAUCUAGUAUCAGAAAUUCAAGGAAUCAAAGAAGGAACUUCCACCUCAGAAAAAAUGUCUGAAGCUGAAUCGAGAAUUCAAGGAGGUGAGUUGGCUGCCAGUUUUACGCAGGAGACAAAACAAGAAUCAUAUAGUAGAAAAGGGGAUAUCAGAAGGACCUCUCAUCAAUCCAAACUAGUAUCAGAAAUUCAAGAAAUCAAAGGAGGAACUUCCACCUCAGAAAAAAUGUCUGAAGCUGCAUCAAGAAUUCAAGGAGGUGAACUGGCUUCAAGUUCUAUAUAUGAUAAUAAAGGUCAAUUUGUAGCAGAUCGAAUGGAAUCCAAACAGACAGAUUCAUUAACUGAAUUACACAAGGAACAUGUCAAUAGAACAGAUCACAAAUCUAGUUCUAAGAGGCUUUCGGAUACUAGAGUGAAGACCCAGGAAAGUACUUCAAGCAUGGUUGUCCCUGAUUUGGUUACUAAAACUGGAAAGCAUGUCCAAACAGGUCAAGAGGUUAUUGGCCAAAUACAUUCCAACAAAGUAUCUGAAAAUGAAAACAAUGUGUCAAUGGUUCAUUCUACCAAUAUUCAGGUCACUAACAUCAGCAGUCAGGAAACACAUUCAACAACAGUUAUGCAGUUGACUGGAGAAACUUCCGAGAGACAUAAUCGGACUUAUAAAGAAGCCCUUCAGGUAGGACCAGAAAGAGAGGAGGAUCAGAAACUCACUAAAUCGUUGAGUUUCAAAGAGGGUAGUUCUAAAGAAUCCUCCAGUUCACAAUUAUCUGCAACAAUGAGAGGUAAGAUCUCACAAUCCAUGGUGGUGCCUCCACCUUCUCAGUCGGUUUCAAGACCCCAUGACUUUGAGAUGGGUGGCAAUGUUGUUGAUCAAGGGACUGACGGUGAAGGCAGCAGAAAUGAUAAGGGUCAUUGGGAGCCUUUAAAUUCAAGUUCUCAUGGAGAUGCAUUGGAAUCAGUUGUUCGUUUACAGAAAUCAUCCAUGCACGUCAUUGGAAAGUUUAUUGAAGAGGGGUGGCAUGAAGCCUCUUCUUCCAAAAGCCAGAAACAGAAGACAGUUCGCGAAACAGAAUUGAAUGAGAAAACCUCUGAUCAGAAGAUCUCUGUAGACUUGAAGUCAAAAGGGCCUUCUGAUGAAAUAUGGAAUUUGACAGAAUCUUUGGAGGAACGUUCAGAGAUGGUUUUGCCAGAGAUUGCUACUCCAUCUACAAGCUCUGUUGGCAAGCGAACAGGUAGAUCAUUGUGGAAUAUCCUUACAGAUGUUGUUAGGCUAAGGUGGUCCCCGCAUACUGAAAAUCGUAACUCAACAGAAAAAUCUGGUGGAAAGAAAUCAUCAAAUCAAUCUACUAGCAGUGAGACGUGGUUCUCUGGUCACGAGCAAGAUGAAAAUGACGUAGAUCUUGUUAGGCUGAAAAGCAGUACACCUUCUGAUUCUAGUCAGGCGAAUCAGCAGCUUCCGGCUUUGCUGAGUGUUUUGGAAAGUGGUUCACAUCUCAAAGGCACUUCUUCUUCAGGUUCCAGUCACGCUGAAAAUUCUGGCGGACUUCUGGGGAAAACAAAUCAAAGUAGUACUGCUACUUCCAUGGUAGGGUUGGAACCUUCCAGUUCUGAGCCUAUACAAACGGGAAAAUCUCAAAAAGCUGACGAGUUUUUAAUUUCUGAGAAGACUACAACAUCUGCAAGUGAAUCAUUGGUGCAAUUAGAGCAACCAACUGGCGCUGUUAAAGAUGCAGUAUCAGAGAUUAAUCAAAAUGAUGGAGAAUUGAAACGCAGAAAGCUUCAAAGAACCAGUCAAUUCCCAAAGGAUAGAUUCGAUGAGUGGGAAGAAGCAUAUAAAAUCGAAAGGGAGCAGCGUAAAAUUGAUGAAUUAUUCAUGAACGAGGCUCUCUUGGAGGCAAAUAAGGCUGCUGACAUGUGGGAGGUUCCUGUAGGUGCUGUACUUGUACAACAUGGAAAAAUAAUUGCUCGAGGAUACAACCUAGUGGAAGAAAUGCGGGACUCCACAGCCCAUGCUGAAAUGAUCUGCAUCCGGGAGGCUUCUAACCUACUUCGCUCAUGGAGACUUGCUGAUACUACCUUGUAUGUGACACUUGAACCCUGCCCAAUGUGUGCCGGAGCUAUACUUCAAGCUAGAGUGAACACGGUUGUGUGGGGAGCACCAAAUAAGCUAGUCGGUGCGGAUGGGAGUUGGAUAAGGCUCUUUCCCAAUGGAAGUGAAGGUGGAAUUGGAUCGGGACCAAGUGAUAAGCCGCCUGCACCAGUCCACCCUUUCCACCCAAACAUAAUUAUUAGACGAGGAGUGUUGUCAGCAGAGUGUGCAGAUGUUAUGCAACAAUUUUUCCAACUCAGGAGAAAGAACAAAGAGAAGAAACCAGAAACCGAAUUGGAAAAUGAACAGCCCACACAGCCUUCACAUCUAACUACUACUACUACAACUAGGACGCAUCAUCAUCACCCUUCAAAGCUCUUCAGCAAGCUGCACCACACAUUCCACGUCCUAUUCUGUGUGUAGUAAUUUUUCUGGAUAAUUAUGAUUCGACCUGUUCGAGUUGCAGGUAUUUUUAAGAUUCUAUGUGUAAGCAUUUAUCGAUAUAAGAACUAAAUUUGACAUGGGUAUGGCCUGUAAUUUCAAAAGUAAAUUUGAUAAUUUCAAAAUCAUCAAUCAUUAAAAGGAAGUGGAACUGUAUUCACA